UUCAGGGGCAGAUUGGGAUACGCCUGCUUGAACACGGUGCUCAGAAGUACCAAACCGCCCAGCUCCAAAGAGAGCAUCUUCAGCUCUCGGACGCUCAGGCUGGCGACCAUUCGCGAAAAGGGAGUCGAGGCGGCCAUUGAGCUCGCGAGAGCGAACAUUAACGAUAUUAUUCCAAUGUUGCACUGGAACGUGGCAAACAACAUCCGCUUCAUGCGCCUCUCGUGCGAAAUGCUGCCGUUCGCAUCGCACAACGAAGUAGGCUGGGACGUCUCUGUGCUCGAGACGGAGCUCAGAAGAGCGGGAGACGAAGCGAAGAAGCUGGGAGUCAGAUUGACUCUCCAUCCUGGCCAAUUCGUCCAGCUCGGAACACCAAACCAGCAGGUCCUCGAGAAUAGCAUACGAGAGUUCGAGAUAUAUUGCAAGAUGCUGGAUUUGAUGGGAUCGGGUCCCGAAAGCGUGAUGAUAUUGCAUGGCGGCGGCUCAUACGGCGACCAGGCAGCCGCUUUGGAGCGCAUCGAGAACACUAUAACUACGCGCUUAUCCGCUUCGGCUCGAUCACGAUUGGUCUUGGAAAACGAUGAGAUCUCUUACUCUGCCGAAGAGCUCCUACCGCUCUGUGAAAAGCUGGACGUUCCCUUGGUGUUUGACUGGCAUCACGAUCUGCUACGCCCAUCUUCGCUUGCUCCUGACGAACUUCUACCUCGCAUCAUCAACAUAUGGCAAAAAAGAGGAAUCAAGCCUAAAUUUCAUCUGAGCGAGCCGAGAGCUGGAGCAAAGACGCACAGGCAGAGAAGAGCGCACAGCGAUCGCUGUGUGGAGUUGCCGACGGAGUUGCCGGAAGAUGCUGACCUGAUGAUCGAGGCAAAGGACAAAGAGCAAGCCGUCUUGGAGCUCUACAGGAUAUAUAACUUAUUCCCCGUAGACAAGAUGGUCCUGCGACCUCAUGCAGAUGAUGUGACAAUGGCAACAGCUGGGCGUCGGACU